AUGGUCUUUGUACAUAUAAGAGACUUUUUGGGGCGGGGGGGAUGUACAGAAAGCGAAGAGAGGGCGACUGAAAAAGGGUAUCCCACACUGCCGCGUUGCUUGGGGACAGGGCGGCACAUUCAUGUUUGUUCUAGGGCUAUCUAUCGCACAGGUCAUGCAGCCUUACAUCCCAUGCAGCAUAGCCUUGCGCUCGGAAAAGCUUUAUUCAACGACACGGACUCGUGGAAAACAGAAGGACUUGGUUCAACGUGGGAGGAGAAUUCUCGGCCAGAAAGCAAUUCUCCUUCAUCUCUGCGCUCCUCUCCCAAUGCCACUCCGGGUUGCUUCCUCCCUCAUCCUCCGACAUGCGUGUGUGUAAUUUCAGUCACCCAUUCUCGUGAUCCCAAGCAUUAG